AUGGAGGGAACAUCAGUGAAGCCGGGCAAAACGAAGAGAGGCCCACAGGAGCGGACGGCUAUGCUGCAUCUCGCUCACUUAUCAGAGAUGACGGACUCGGUGAAACCUUGCAUGGAACGAGUUAAAUUCUUUGGAACUAGCCUUCUUGGUAUUCUCGAUGAAGCUGCAUUGGAUUGGAGAGUCUCACUUGUAAACGGAGAAAGUGCAGUCAAAGUGACUAGGGAAUGUGCAGACUAG